AUGUUUAAAAGAACACUUGCGGCGCUCGCUCAGAGCACCGGGAAAGCCGUCCCCCCGGUAAAACUUGGGUACAAAUAUAUGCUCAAAGAUCCCUCGACGAAAUACAAGCCAUUUGCUGCGGUAAAUCUUCCUAACAGACAAUGGCCCGACAAACGCAUUACGAAAGCUCCCCGUUGGUUAUCCACAGACCUUAGAGACGGUAACCAGUCGCUUCCGGACCCUAUGUCGGUGGAGCAGAAGAAGGAGUAUUUCCACAAGCUUGUGGAAAUCGGCUUCAAGGAAAUCGAGGUUUCAUUUCCUUCGGCCUCGCAAACAGACUUCGAUUUCACCCGCUACGCUGUACAAAACGCUCCCGAAGACGUUGGCAUCCAGUGCCUUGUGCAGUCGCGUGAACAUCUCAUAAAAAGGACCGUUGAGGCCCUCUCUGGUGCCAACAAGGCAACCAUCCACGUAUACCUAGCAACUAGUGACAUGUUCCGCGAUAUUGUGUUCAACAUGUCUCAAGAAGAAGCCGUCGCCAAGGCCGUUGAGGCCACCAAACUGGUACGGAAAUUAACCAAAGACGAUCCUGCUCAGCAAGCCACUAUGUGGACGUACCAGUUUUCUCCAGAAACUUUCAGCGAUACAUCACCUGAAUUUGCCGUUGAAAUUUGUGAAGCUGUCAAGGCUGCUUGGGAGCCAACUGCCGAAAAUCCAAUUAUUUUCAACCUCCCAGCUACUGUAGAAAUGGCCACUCCUAACAAUUACGCAGAUCAGAUUGAAUACUUUUCUACCCACAUUUCUGAACGUGAAAAAGUGUGCAUUUCCACUCACGCUCACAAUGACCGUGGCUGUGGUGUUGCCGCAUCAGAGUUAGGUAUGAUGGCUGGUGCCGACCGUGUGGAAGGUUGUCUAUUUGGUAACGGUGAACGUACUGGUAAUGUUGACAUUGUUACCGUUGCAUUGAACAUGUACACUCAAGGUGUCAACCCAGAACUAGACUUUUCCGACCUAAACUCGGUCGUGGAAGUUGUAGAACGUUGUAACAAAAUCCCAGUGGCUCAAAGAGCCCCAUACGGUGGUGACUUGGUUGUCUGUGCAUUCUCUGGUUCUCAUCAAGACGCUAUCAAGAAAGGUUUCGCUCUGCAGGAAAAGAGACGUGCCAGCGGCGAUCUAGAAUGGAAAAUACCAUAUCUACCAUUGGAUCCAAGAGACAUUGGUAGAGAUUACGAGGCUGUUAUCAGAGUCAACUCGCAAUCUGGUAAAGGUGGUGCUGCCUGGGUUAUCCUCAGAUCUCUAGGUCUAGAUCUACCAAGAAAUUUGCAAAUCGAAUUUUCCACUGCUGUCCAAACCAAGGCUGACGCUCUUGGGAGAGAAUUGAAGGCUCAAGAAAUCACCGAUCUUUUCAAAGAGACAUACAACUACAGUGGCACAAUUGGCAAAGUUACCCUAGUGGAUUACGAAAUUACAAAACUUGACAAAGAACGCAGGUCCUUGACUGGUCAAGUUGAAAUUGAUGGUAAGCUAUACAACAUAAACGGUACAGGUAACGGUCCAAUUUCAUCAGUCGUUGAUGCUAUGUCCAACCUCCUCAACCUCAGAUUCAGUGUUUCUAACUACACCGAACACUCGUUGGGCUCUGGUUCCGCCACUCAAGCCGCUUCAUUUAUUCAUCUCAUGUAUAGACGCGAAGUCGACAAUGAGAAUGCCUACAAAUGGGGUGUCGGUGUUUCCGAAGAUGUUGGUGAAGCUUCCACCAAAGCCAUCAUGUCUGUCAUUAACAAUAUUGUCCAGUCGGGUGACGUUGCUUUGCCAGACUCAGCAUCAAAGGCCUCUGCCUCCGCAUAA